AUCUUUCAAUUACUUAAUUUACAGAUUUAUUUCAUCAAAAUAAUUUUGAAAAAUUGCGAUGGAAGCCUUCGGAGACAAUUUUAGACCCGGUCCUUGUGCAGUUUGCACCACGAGAAACAGAAGAUGCAGCAGAAAUUGCGCAUUUGCUGCAUAUUUUCCUUCUGAAUUGCAAGACGAGUUCGAAUGUGCUAAUGAACUGUUUGGUACACAAAAUAUUAUAAGAAUGAUGAGACGAGCUCGUGUUGGACAAAGAUCUAUGUUGGCAUUAUCCAUAAUCAUGGAAGGUGUUGCAUGGACACAUGAUCCUGUUCAAGGUGGAUUCGGAAUGCUGCGAAGGCUUUUGUGGGAGAUUAGAUUACACGACGCCUAUCUCUGUGAAUUGAAGGGGAUAAUUAAAUCUGCAUAA